CCACUGCUGGGUGAGGAGGGAGGAGGUUUCCUUCGCUUUUCCCCACCAGGGGGCUCUGGGUAUUGCUCAGGAGGGGAAGCUCCUAGGGCUCGAGCUCUCUCCGCUCAGCAGACCGGGGGUUGAGCUUCCUGGGUCAGAUGCAGCCGCUGCUAGCUCCGUUGCGAGCUGAGGAGCUUCUGCUUCCCAGCCGUGCGGGGAGCGACCUGCGUUAACGCCGCUCUGCCGACAGGUGAGGGGGGAGACCCGGGGCCUGACAGGCUGCAGAAUCGGGUCCGGAUUGUCCCUGGCUCCCCCGGGGGGCUGGGAAGAGAAAUGGCUGCUGCGGAACCAGCUCAGCAGGACCAGGUUCAACAGGAGACCCCAGUGGCUGGGAUGUGGGGAGAACCCCGUGCCCUUGGGGAAGGGCGUUGUGGGAUCCCGGUCCAGCAUCCCAAGAGGGAGGAGAGCGAGGCUGAGGAGCAGAGCCCUAGCUGGCCCUUAUACCCGCGGACGCCGUCCCAGUCCUUGCUGGGAUGCUCGGAGGGGGAAGAUUCUCCAUUGAGGUCAGCGCAGACGCCUCCCCGGUCUCAGGAAGGGGCAGACACCACAGGCCUUGAGCAGGCCGUGCUGUCCCAUGACUGGCCUCAUGGGGACGAGGUUCCUUCGUUCCCCAGGGAGGCACCUGAGGCCUGCGGCUCCCUGGGGACAGGCCCCACUAGGGGCCGUGCCGAGGGCAAGGCGUCCGUUUCAGAGCAGGCCAGCGAGGAAGCCCAUCGGUUGCAGUUCCGCUCAGGUGCUGCCCGGCCUGGAGAAGCUCCCCGGGAGACGCUAGCCCGUCUCAGCCGUGCUGCUCAGCUCUGGCUGCGGCCCGGGGAGCGCACCAAGGAGCAGAUCGUGGACGUCGUCGUGCGGGAGCGGUUCCUGGGGGCACUGCGGCCAGACGUGCGGGCCUGGGUGACAGCGAGGGAGCCCCACAGCAGCGAGGAGGCGGCUGCAUUGGCUGAAGCCUGCCUGGGGCAAGGGGAGUCAACCCAGCCUGCUCAGGGGCCGGUGACCUUCAAGGAAGUGGCUGUGUAUUUCACGGAGGAGGAGUGGGCUGUGCUGGACCCAGGUCAGAGAGCCCUCUACAGGGACGUCAUGCAGGAGAAUUACGAGAGUGUGACCUCACUGGCUCCCCUGGCAGAGGCAGAGGCUGGCAUGGAAGGGAUAGAGCCGGAGAGUGCACCAGGAUUGGAGGAUAAACCAGAGCAGGUGCAUGAGCCCAAAGAGGAAGAGGACGAGAAUGAAGACUUCACCGAAGAAGAUGACCUCACUUACACUGACGACCUGCGCGAUAAGAAUUACCACCCCUCGCUGGACAGUGACUCCGAGCUGAAAAGAGAACAAAGCCAGAACAAGAGCCGCAAGAGACUCGUAAAGGGUGCACAGCUGCCUACCGAGACAAGUCCAGCCAACGGCAGCCCCUCUGAGGAGAAGGCGGUGCAAUCCAGCCGCAAGAAGCGGGGACAGCCGAGCAACAAAGAUGUGGCCCAGAUCGGCCCCAAGAGAAUCAGGAAGGCAACCAAGCGCGAGAUGCUCCUGUGCGACUUUGAGGGCUGCGGUAAGAUCUUCUCCAACCGCCAGUACCUGAACCAUCACAAGAAAUACCAGCACGUGCACCAGAAGACCUUCACCUGCUCCGAGCCCAGCUGUGGCAAGUCCUUCAACUUCAAGAAACACCUGAAGGAGCACGAGAAGCUGCACAGCGACAAACGGGAUUACAUCUGUGAAUACUGCGCCCGCCCCUUCCGCACCAGCAGCAACUUGAUCGUCCACAGACGCAUCCACACGGGGGAGAAACCCAUACAGUGUGAGAUCUGUGGCUUCAGCUGCCGUCAGAAGGCUUCCCUCAACUGGCAUAUGAAGAAGCAUGAUGCCGACUCCUUCUACCAAUUCUCCUGCGACAUCUGUGGCAAAAAGUUUGAGAAGAAGGACAACGUCACCGCACACAAAAGCAAGAGCCAUCCCGAGGUGGCUGCCAGCCCAGCCCAGCCUACGCCAGAAAUGGCAGCAUCCGGCCACUGGGACGCGCCAUCUCUGUUCCCCAGCCUUGGUGAGGAGACACCGACUAAGGACCACCCACAUGCGCCGUGCCCACUUGCCACAGAGCAGCUGGAGAUCCCUGCACUGAGCCAUUGCAAAACGGAGAAGGUGGAAGGGCCGGUGUCCCCCAUCGCAGCCUCCGCCGAGUAACGGACCACGCCGAGUGGGAUCUGUGUCUGACCAGUGCUUGGGGGUUCAGCCACGGGGGAUGUUGGCAGAGAUGAUCCCAGCAGGAUCCUGCCUUCCAGCUGGACUCUGCUGAGAGUGGGACAUAAAGUGCUUAGCAGAGGGGUGGUGAUAAUGACUGAACCAUGGCGGGGGACUGUAGCAGAAGAUCUGAAAUCCUGCUCAGGUACUGAGAGUAUGAGGACAGGGAGGCAAAGCCCCCGCAGUUCUGCGCAGCCUCCCCACACCACAGUCAGUAGAGCACAGACUCUCCAUGGGCCAAGAGGACUGUGACAACAGCACCUUCUCUGGAACAAGGAGGCUCUGAAGAGAGAUGGUGAGGUUCACCCUCCCCAGGAACAGGCCUUGGCUUUGCUACUCUCGGCUUCAGGGCUUUGGACAAAUCCUCAAUAAAGAAUUAUUUUGUGUA